AAGGAAAAAACACCCAACUUUCCAAGAACAAGUAGUAGAUGUACCUCUGUAAAGUUUGCUCUCGUAAGAAUUUACUACCAUACAAUUUAACCAGUUGUCUUCUGAGAUAGAGUUCAUAUUUUAUUUUUUCCCUCUUUCUUAAAGAUGUCUUUAACAGUUGAAAUGGAGUGCAGCCGAGAAGGGUGGUUCAAUGAUAGACACUAUUGAUUGUUGGAGUCACCUGAUUUAGCAUGGAACUGUUUCAAUGAACGAUGUAAUUUCUUUCGACUUUGUAUUCCAAAUGCUCUUCAAACCCUGCAUGUGCACUUGUAACAUAUUCCGGGUGGGUUGUCUCAAACUAUUUAAUUCCACAAAAUGCUGCUCUUUCACUUUAGAGUUGAAUGUGACUGUUGUGCCCACCUUCUCCACCAUUGAAGCCAAAGAAGCGAUCCAAGAAGAUGUUAAUUACAUUACCUCCCCAUAUGUGAAAUCAUGGAAUUCUGCGUUAAGCAGAUUUUGCAAGCAGGGUCAAUUAAAGGAUGCACGCCAUCUGUUCGACAAAAUGCCGCAACCGAAUGUUAUUUCGUGGACCGUAAUGCUUGCAGGAUAUGCGCAGAAUGGGAACAUGGAGGAAGCUCGUAGAAUGUUCGACACCAUGCCUCGACGCAACGUUGUCUCAUGGAAUACUAUGAUAAGGGGAUGUAUACAAAAUCACAGAAUUGAGGAGGCCUACCAACUGUUUGUCACAAUGCCUGAGCGAAAUUUGUCUUCAUGGACUCUGAUGAUAGCAGGCUUGGGUAACGCUGGAAAAAUAGAGGUUUCACGCAGUUUGUUCGAAAGCUUACCGCAACGUGAUUUGAUCGCAUGGAACGCCAUGAUUACGGCUUAUGCCAAUAAUGGUCGGAUGGAGGACGCGCACCACUUAUUUGGGAAGAUGCCUAAAAGGAAUGUAGUCUCCUGGACUGCAAUGAUUGUAGGAUAUUCUAAGAUGGGUAAAACAGAACAGGCGCGCCAGUUGUUUGAUAAAAUGCCGGAACGAAAUGUAGUUUCGUGGACUGCUAUUAUUGCGGGAUAUACGCAGAAUGCGCAGAACAUGGAGGCGUUGCAACUUUUCUCUGUGAUGCAGAGAAUACCCAUCAGGCCAAACCAGUCCACACUUGCAAGUGCUGUUAAUGCUUGUGCCAAUUUGACUGCCUUUAGCUGUGGAAGUCAGGUACAUGCCCUUGUCAUAAAAAUGGGGUUUGAAUCAGAUGUCGUUUUACAGAAUUCUCUUAUUGUAAUGUAUGCUAAAUCUGGUGGUACAGGUGAUGCAGAGCAAAUUUUUAAUAAAAUGUCUAGUCGGGAUUUGGUGUCAUGGAACGCAAUGCUUGCAGCACAUACACAAUGUGGGAUGAUAGAGGAGGCAGAGCAACUUUUUCGCAUUAUGCCUGACCGAGAUGAUUUUUCUUGGACUACAAUGCUUUCAGGAUAUUUGCAGAAUGGCAGAACAGAGAUGGCGUGCGGCCUGUUUAAGAGAAUGUCUAAUCCAGAUAUGGUAGCAUGGAGUGCAAUGAUUGUAGGAUAUGAACAGAAUGGGCAUAAUGAAGAGGUCGUAAAACUCUUUGCUGAAAUGCAACGUACAGGCAUACGAUCGAAUCAUCCCAUAUUUACCAGUGUUGUCAAGGCAUCUGGUAGCCUAGCCUUAUUGGAGCAGGGCAAGCAAGUUCAUGCUCAUAUUGUCAAAACAGUCUUGGGAUCAGACCUCUCUGUUGAGAAUUCCCUCAUUGCUAUGUAUGGAAAAUGUGGAGCUAUAGAGGAUGCUUACGAUGUUUUUGACAGGAUGCCUGAACGAGAUGUAGUCUCAUGGAACUCUUUGAUUCUAGGAUUUGCCCAGCAUGGGCAUGGCAAGAUGGCUCUCCAACUGAUUCGACAAAUGCAACUAACAAGCGUGGAGCCUGACCAUAUCACCUUCUUGGGUGUGCUUUCUGGAUGCAAUCAUGCAGGCCUAGUGGACGAAGGCUGGCACUAUUUUAAUUCCAUGAUCCAUGAUUAUUGCAUUACACCAAGAGCAUAUCACUAUACUUGUAUGGUUGAUCUUCUUGCGCGUGCAGGGCAUCUGGAUCAGGCCAAGGACUUCAUAGACAAUAUGCCAUUGAAACCGCACGCUGCUGUCUGGGGCGCUCUGCUUGGUGCCUGCAAACUCCAUUCUGCUAUUGUUCUGGGUAAGCAUGCUGCAGAUCAUCUUUUGCAGUUGGAGCCAGAAAAUGCUGCCGUAUAUGUUGAGCUGGCAAAUAUGUAUGCAUUAGCUGGCAGGGUGGAGGAUGAAGCAAAUGUGAGAGCAAUGAAGAAAGAGAAAAGGGUGAAAAAACUACCUGGAUACAGCUGGAUUGUAGUAAAGAACAAGGUUCAUACAUUUAUGGUUGGUCAUCCGUUGCACCAGAAAGAGGAAAUCCAUGCAACCUAGGGAUUAAGAGUAGGAAAAGCCAUCCAUGGCACCAGAGAGGAAAUUCAUGCAACCUAAGGGAUUAACACAGUGCUUUCAUGCAGCUGCUUAUUUAGGCUUGUUGCUAAAAUUUUAACAGGGCAAGUGAUUCAUGUAAAUUGUGAAAUAAGGAUUUUGAAUAGUUUAAUUCUGUUUUUUAAAUAGGAGAGCUGGUUUUCGAUUGAAAAAAUAGUGGGUGCAAG